UGACUUGUCGUAAUAAAAUCAGUAGACAUUCUGCACCAAGUUCGCCAUUCUUCUAGUGUUCGUCACAAUAGCAGCAAGUCACCAGCCAAUUCCAGCUGAAUACAAACAGUAUUGUAAAUCGAAAGCAAAUUUUCCGACAAUUUUCAUAUUUUUCGUUUGUUUGAACUCAACAAAAAACAUUCACAAAGAUGCCGAUCAUUAAGUUGCAAUCCUCAGACGGUGAAAUUUUCGAGACAGACGUGCAAAUCGCCAAGUGCUCGGGCACCAUCAAAACCAUGUUGGAAGAUUGCGGUAUGGACGAGGAAGAAGAAGCCGUUGUACCGUUGCCAAAUGUUAAUUCGGCCAUUUUGCGUCGCGUUUUGCAAUGGGCCAACUACCACAAAGACGAUCCCGUUCCAACUGAUGACGAUGAAAACAAGGAAAAGCGCACCGAUGACAUCUCCUCAUGGGACGCCGACUUCUUGAAAGUUGAUCAAGGUACGUUGUUCGAGCUCAUUUUGGCCGCUAACUACUUGGACACCAAAGGCUUGUUGGAUGUCACAUGCAAAACAGUCGCAAACAUGAUCAAGGGCAAGUCACCAGAAGAAAUUCGCAAGACAUUCAACAUCAAGAAUGACUUCACACCAGCCGAAGAAGAUCAGGUUCGCAAAGAGAACGAGUGGUGCGAGGAAAAAUAGACGCAACACAACACAUACACAUCGCGACUAUGAAAAACUAACAGUAACAACAACAACAACAAAAACAAAAAAGUUUAAUUUAAACUUCACGUUUCUUUUUCAUUUCUAUUGAUUAAAAGUUAGAUUUAAUAAAACAAAAAUCAGUUUAGGAUCCUCAUAACUACACGUUUAACCUAACAAGUUAAAAUGAUAAUUACAAUGUGUUUCGGGUGACACACACUUCAGUUCACCAUUUUCAAAAUUUUCUGUAAACAAAUUUAUUCUUGCGAUCGCUUGAAAUAAUAAAUUGAAUAAGUAACACAAAUACAA